CAGAGCGAGUCCUCCUCACAGGACACCAGAUCAGAGGAUACAGCAUCACCUCAGCGGGACAAGAUAACAAAGAGCUUCAUCAGGAGUACGAGUCCAGACACAAAGACCAACUUCGGACAAAAAUAUCCCCAACAAGGAGAAGUGAAACCAGAAGUGAAGAUGAACCUGUUAGUCAUCCUCGCUGUAUUUGCAGCUCUAAGUGUUGAUGUGGCUUUUUCAGGAAAAAGGUCCAAAAAGAGAUGGUUACCUGAGCCCCGGGAGACUAACAAUGAGAUGUGUCGGUCUGGAGACGGGAGCAGCUACAGAGGAUUUGUGUCAGAGUCGGCAUACGGACGCAGAUGCCUCAACUGGAACAGAUUUGCUCAACCAAGAGGAGCUUCAAAAGGACUUGGGGACCAUAACUACUGCAGGAAUCCAGACGAGAGUUUGAUGCCGUGGUGUCGUGUCCGCAGAGGAAGGAAGUAUGUAAGAGAAUUCUGCGAUACUCCCAGAUGUUCUACAGAGACGGUGAAACCUCCUCAGGCCGUGGAUACAGAGCUGACAUGUGGGGAGAGGUCUGAGCGGAGCCUGAAUAAAAUUGUAGGCGGCUCCUUCUCGCCUAUCGAGUCUCAGCCGUGGGUGGCUGCCCUCUUUAAGCAGCGUUCUGGUUUCCUGUGUGGUGGCGCUCUCAUCGCACCGUGCUGGGUUGUCACGGCCGCACACUGUUUCUCAGACGGCGACAACACCAACAUCAGGCAUCUGUCUGUUUACCUGGGGAAGUCUGCCAUCAAUGAAACCGAUGCUGACAAGGAACAGAGCUUCACGGUGGAGAAACUCGUCAUCCAUGAGAAAUACAACGAGUCCAAUUUUGACAAUGACAUAGCGCUGUUGAAGAUCAAAAGCAGAAGUGGAGGAUGUGCGGUGAGGUCAGAGUCUGCUCGGACAGUGUGCCUUCCUCCGCUUCACACUCAGCUUCCUGCAGGAAUUCAGUGCAGCAUCGCAGGAUUUGGACACGAGAGAUUCUUGGCGUGGCAUUACUCCCAGUACCUGAAAGAAGCUAAGGUGAAACUGAUCUCCCGGCCUGAAUGUAGAAGAGCAUCGCACUAUGGAGAUCUCAUCACAACAAACAUGUUCUGUGCUGGGAGUCCAGACUGGAGCACUGAUGCCUGCAAGGGUGACUCUGGUGGUCCGCUGGUGUGUGAGGUGUCAGGGCGGAUGUUUCUGUACGGAGUGGUGAGCUGGGGCGACGGCUGUGCCAGAAGGAACAAACCAGGCGUUUACACCCAGGUCACCAACUACAACAAGUGGAUCGCAGUAAAAACAGGGGUCAAUAAAUUCACAGGUGGAGUCAUGUAUCCCCAAAAAUGAAGCCGCGGCAGAAUAUAGGAGAACGGGCGUUUCAAUUCUUCAAGGGAAAAUUUGGCAGCACUUUGAAAACUUUUGUGUGCGAAUGCAAGCAUUUUGCCGUGUUGGAUUUGUGAGCUUUGUUACCGUUAUUGUUUGGAGAAAUUUCCAUUUUGCACAUUGAAUAUUUACUGUUGUAGCUGAAAGUGAAUGUAUUUUCAGUCGAUAAGAUACUUUCUGUAUAUAAUGUAAAAUAACUUUUUUUUUUUUUUACAAGAGGCAAGAAUCUUUCUAUAUCAAGAGUGUGGAUUUCUUUUUAAACAAGCUAUUGUUUAUUAAAGUUUAUUUUUCUUAUUCUAUUUAAUGUAAGUAUUUAAUCCUGCAGAGGCUGGCCUUGCUGUUGAGCAUUUUCUUAAUAAAUUAAAUAUUUGUAUAA